AUUGAAGCUCAAAUCUUAACGCCCCACGGGAUCGGCGAGGACCUGGAGUCCCUCCCGAUGGGGGCUUUUUGGUCUAGUUAUACUUUGCUCUGGAGGAAUCGUUGCGCAUGUUACUAUGCGGCAUUUGCUUCGCUGGCGAGAUAGUAGCCAGGUGGGAAGUCGUGCGACACGCCAAUGUGACCUAGGCUGGCUCUUGGGCCAUCUCCGCUCGAUCAGCAUCAGCCACGGCACAAAGCGCAUCAUGAACCAAGGCACACUUGUACACACGCUGCUGCAGGCGAAACGCAGCAUCCCCACGCACAAUGACGGGACAACGCCACUGAAAUUAGGCGCCACCGCGAAGCCCGGCGGGCGGUUUCCCACUGACCGACAACAUUAGUGCGCCUCUAGCGCGUCCCGCUAGCACGACAUUGACCCUGCAGGACAUCGGGCAUCCCACUACCUGGCUAGGGAGGGAGGCGGGCGCAGGCCGUCGAGUGCCUGGGCUUUAAUUCCAAGGCCGCUGCCAGGUCUAUCUGGAGGGAUGAAAGGAGACCGCGGGGAAGCAGGGUUGUUCUCUUCACCUCGACCUCCUCCGCCCCUAUCUUCACUAUAUCCACGCACGUCGCCCACCUUGCCCCUGGGCAGCAGCCACGGCUCGAGUCCUCCUGGCCUGCAAACAACGUUUCUCUUCUAUCCCCUCCUUUCCUCGUCGUGCGUUGAUCGUUCACGAGCCCCCACCAACCUUCCAGGCGACAACCGGAGCCGCAGCAAAAAAAAAAAAAACAUGUGCGCCGCCGUCACCAUGCCGGGGGACAUCACUUCGCAGUCGAGCUCCCCUCCCGCGGCCGGGUCGCGGGUCACCUUUGACAACCUCUGCCUCGCGCGCUCCGCCAGCGGCGCCGGGGCACGAAAGCCCCCGACGCUCAACAUCGACACCAGCCUGGCUUGCGGCAAGGGCGGCGGCCCGCACAACCACCCGCCCUUCCCCCGCACGCCGCCACCGUGGCUCGCCAAGAGGCGCCUGACCAUCCCGUCCUCGUCUUCUCCCAUGAGGCGGCGGCCGAGGGACAAGGGGGCGCAGGCCGACGGCGGCCCGCGCGGCUCCCGCUCCGCCAGGAUCAGGUCCUCGGUCUCGGCCGCGUUCAGGUGGCCGUCCGCUUCCCACGGCCAUGGUGGCGGCGGCAGACGUGAGAAGAAGGAAGACGAAGGCCCCAGGCGACCGCUUGGGUGCGGCGAGGAGGAGAGGAGGGCCGGGGACAAGGAUUACGUGACGGCGAACCUCAGCCUCCAGUCUACGGCGUCUUCGGCCGCCACCGCGGACAGCACCGACAUGACCGCUCAGUUCAUCGACGCCGCUCAGCCCCGCCCGGGUCGUCCAACCUGGCGGCGGCGCUGGUGGUCCUAGGUUGGGACGCGCAUUUCGGGACUUGGCCUCGACGUUUCUGAAAACACCAACCUAUGGAUGGGUACCUAUGGACGAGGCAUGGUUUUGCGGGAAAGUCUUACUUUCUCUGUCCGUUGAGCACACUAAACGCCAGUUAGUGUAACUUUAGACUUGAUUUCAUAUGUACAUAUUAUACAGCAGAGUUACGCAGUCUUGACCAAAACCUUCCCAAGGUUGCCUGCAAACAUGUACGAUAUAGCCCAGGAGGAGGGGGCCCGACACCCUCGAUCUAUGCAAAGCUCCCGCUUUCAAUUGUUCUCUACACCCGGCGCAGCCAGUGCAAGCAGCGCAUCGAACCGCGGCGUGCCCAGGCCCGUGACCGGGUCCCAGCCGGCCGUCGCGUUCCACCGCGCGCCCCCGGGGCCGAACGCGGCCGUCUCCCUCCUGCAGCCGACCGAGG